CUCGCGGGAGCGCAUCCGCGAGGUCUCGCGAGGACUGCUCUGUCAGUUGCAGCAGAAGCUGCGGAGCGCGGGUCUUCGCUGUGGUAACGGACUGGGCGUUUCCGUUGUCGGCAUCUUGCGGCAGUAAUUAGGAGCCAUAUAUCGAAGACAAUGUCUGGAAGCUUCUACUUCGUAAUUGUUGGCCACCAUGAUAAUCCAGUUUUUGAAAUGGAGUUUUUGCCAGCUGGGAAAGCAGAAUCCAAAUUUGCAAUGAAUCCAUUUUAUGAACCCAAUUCUCCUAUUCGAUCGAGCGCAUUUGACAGAAAAGUUCAAUUUCUUGGGAAGAAACACCUUUUAAGCUGAAUGCAGAAAAAUUCUGACAUAAACAAUGUUACAACAAUGGGGUAUACUCAGUAAUGUGUACAUUGUAAGUAACUUGAUUAAAUAGCCUGGAAAACUUUUACUUAUAAUCUCAAUUUAUCUAAACCUAAUGAAAUUCCUUUAUAUUUAAAAAUACUACAUUCUGUUUCAUGUCACUUAUCAAUAGAUUAAUAUUUGCUUGUAACAGUGUUAUUGAUAAGGAGCUCCUUAUCAGUAAUCCUGAAACAUUUUUAAAAAUUGAGAAUGUUUUGACUGUCCUAAUUCAGACAGCUUGUUCUUGAUAUAACAGUCCAGAAACAAAUGUCACAGUCAAGAUUGGAUAGAUUUAAAACUAAAAAGAUUCUGCAGUAAGGAAUGAAAUCGAUAGCACAUACCUUGAUUUAUUCAUCCAUUUAGAGUCCUGGAUCCAUGUUUGUAAAAUGGGAGGCUGGGACCAGUUAUAGGCCACAGUGAGUGAACUGUGUUGUUUCUGUCACCCUGUUGUUGUAUUUCCUUUCCCCAAGACAGUAAACUAAAGAUUAAUUGAACCCGUUGGUAUCUGUGCUUGUAAAAAGUUGUAAGGCAAUUUUAUAAUUGCUAUCAAAGAAAAGCUUGGAGCACAUUAACAUUUGCACUCUUAGCCUUUUAGGCUGUACGCCAGAGUGGGCUGGGAGUAGUCUCUUUAGUACUAUGGUAAAUGUGUGACCUUCUAGUAAAAUAGGAAAUGUGCAUUGAAAAACAAGUAAUCAGAUUUUUUCUUAGUUAAUUGUGACAACUUGAUGAAUUUUGUUCCAUUCUGAAUUUGGGCAAGUAAUUCUAAGCUUGGUCUUGUAUUACUUGUGUGAAGUUGCUACCAUCAGUUUUUACUCUAUUUAUUUGA